UGUUUAUUUCAUCUGUUAUUUAAAACUUUGACGUUAUGUAUUGCAGCAUUAUUUUAACUUGAAAGCUUUUAAAUCCCUUGAAUUCGUUUACACAAUUUAAACAAAUGAAUAAACAGAACACUACUAAAUCCCAAUUUUGGAACGUAACAAACUCAUAUUUUGAGUACUCCAGAUUUAAAUGUACUUUCAAGGGUUAUUCCAAAAAAAAUAAGCGAAAAACAAUUAAUAAUCAGAACUUUCCCCCUAUCAAUCAUCUUUUAGAUAAAAAAGCUUUCAUGGUAAUGGACUACCUAAAACCUCUGUUAUCUCGAGUAUGAAAUAUCGACUUCCAUUCCUUAAUAAUUUAUUUAGUUUGCACACUUGUUUUUGCUCAGUUCUAUUUAAUACUACUGUACGUGAAAGUGCAUCAGCCACAUCUACAUAAUAUUGCCAUCUACAAGUGAAAUACUAGAAGCAAGAGGGUUCGGCAGAGGAUUAGAUUUUACGAAGCUCUUGAUACGUCCGUUCGAUUAUUUUUAUCAUAAAGUGCGAGAUUGAUUUAUUUGUAGGUAUUCAUCGUGCCGCCAUUUCGAAACUUUAUCAGCAAGUGCGGAGAUUGAAAAAAGAUAAGGUGGUACAGCACGCAUUAACUCAUGUGAAGAAGUGUAUUAAAUUAGAAUAAAAAAUGGAUGAAAGUGACUUUGAUGAAAUAAUUCAAUCACCGAGGACAUUAAGUAACUGGUCGUUGGAUUACUUGGAGAAUAUAGACACAUCAAAAUACCCAUUUCCAAACACACUAUGGCAUAUUAAGCCUGCAAAAGAGAUCGCAUUAAAAACCUCUGCUAUGGUCAUCAUUGGAGUACUAGGCAUCUUUCUGAACUCCAUAAUACUUAUCAUCUUGAUAAAGAACCGCUGGAUGUGGACAGCCAGCAACUGUUUGAUAGGGAACCUGGCUUUAACGGACUUGUUCACUCUAAUCUGCUGCCCAUGGUUCAUGCUCGUCAGAGAUUUCUACCAGAAUUACGUUUUGAAGAACUUUGGAUGCCGCUUCGAGGGGUUUUUUCAAGCAUCAUUCCUUCUAUCAAGUGUUUGUGCGAUCCUAUUGGUAUCCUACGACCGAUUGGCAGCAGCUGCAUUAACAGCUGAAGCAAGAAUCACUUUGAAGUCUGCUCCCAGGCUGAUUAUAGCAUCCUGGGUGUUGGCUACUGCGCUAUCACUACCUUGGGCUCUGAAAAGAGAUUACGUGGAGCGGCAGUGGCUGGAUCAUUUAGAAACUUUCUGCAUGGAAGAUGUUGCAGUUCUUGGUAUAUUUUGGCACUUCUUAUUGACUUUGCUGGUCUGGGUUCCGUUGGGGUUAAUGGUUGGAACUUAUGGGACUAUAAUGUGGCGUCUAGAAAGGAGCAGCAGGGAACUUUCUUCGCGUGGUGGAGGUCAGUUUGUGGUGAGGGCUAGGGGCAGAGCCUUGAGGAUCACAUCUCUAGUGCUGCUGGCGGCUGUCGUCUGCAGGAUUCCGUAUACCACACUAAUCUAUUGGAGGCAUAACAACGAUGAUAAAAUUAAUUCGGUGAAAGGUGCCUAUGCAGUUAUGUGGUUUGUGGCCAAUUACCUGAUGUACCUUAACUGUGCUAUCAACCCUUUGAUCUACGGGUUUACAAAUGCUCGCUUCAGGAAAGCAAUGGACAGGACUCCUGGAAUAGCUUGCUUCAAAUUUGGGUCUUGGUGUUGUAUUUUUACUAUGUUUAGUCGAAAGCAAAUACAAAUAACAGACAAGAACACAGAAAAGAUCUUCGUGAUCGGAAAGUCUCCGAAGCCAAGACAGAAGCUUUCACACGUUCUCAAAAACAUUCUGCAUAUCAACAAGGAUCGAGUGGAGUUCAUCGUAAAGGCUGAUGAGGUCACCACCAAGCCUACUAAAGUAACGCCUAUUAAGACAGAACAAGCAUAAGUUUAAUAAGUCCAGUCAUUUUUGUGGAAGAAAAAUCUUAGAGAAGAUUGAUAAUGAGAUUUUGGUCGUACUAAUUGAUUUCAAGCAUUUGCAGAUUUUUGAAUAGUCAUUCACCAACCAGGUAGAGCUAUGACAUGCGUUAAUAGGUAGUGUUUAAAGAGGAUAAUGAAAAAAGGUCAUAAUCAGUUGCAGAAGAGGCUUACUUCUAAGCAGCAGUAAAAUUAUGAAGAUAGUUUAAAAAGCCGUAAUAAAGGUAUGCGAAAUGGUACAACAGUUUUCAAAAUCCAUCCUAUACAUUUUUGCUAAGGUAUAAUAAAUGACUGGAGUAGAAUUACCUCAUUCCACAGGAUUCUUCGAUAGGUCUUUCACUGUGCGCUUGUGGAACAAACUCCCUGCAUCAAUCAGAAAGGCUCAGACACUUAGCACCUUU